AUGGAGUUCGGGCUGCUCAGCGAGGCAGAGGCCCGGAGCCCUUCCCUAUCGCUGUCAGACGCCGGCACUCCCCAUCCUUCGCUCCCAGAACACGGCUGCAAAGGCCAAGAGCACAGCGACUCGGAGAAGGCCUCUGUCUCGCUGCCCAGUGGCUCUCCCGAGGACGGCUCGCUGAAGAAGAAGCAGCGAAGGCAGCGCACGCACUUCACCAGCCAGCAGCUGCAGGAGCUGGAAGCGACCUUCCAAAGGAACCGCUACCCUGACAUGAGCACGCGCGAAGAGAUCGCAGUGUGGACCAACCUCACCGAGGCCCGCGUGCGGGUGUGGUUCAAGAACCGACGCGCCAAGUGGCGGAAGCGCGAGCGCAGCCAGCAGGCAGAGCUGUGCAAGGGCGGCUUCGCAGCGCCGCUGGGCGGGUUGGUGCCGCCCUAUGAGGAAGUGUACCCCGGCUACUCGUAUGGCAACUGGCCACCCAAGGCGCUCGCCCCGCCUCUCGCCGCCAAGACCUUCCCGUUCGCCUUCAACUCUGUCAACGUGGGGCCUCUGGCAUCGCAGCCCGUUUUCUCGCCACCCAGCUCCAUCGCCGCCUCCAUGGUGCCCUCAGCCGCAGCUGCCCCGGGCACUGUACCAGGCCCCGGGGCCCUACAGGGCCUGGGCGGGGCCCCUCCCGGGCUGGCUCCGGGCGCCGUGUCCUCUGGGGCAGUGUCCUGUCCUUACGCCUCGGCCGCAGCAGCCGCGGCUGCAGCCGCCUCUUCUCCCUACGUAUAUCGGGACCCGUGUAACUCGAGCCUGGCCAGCCUGCGGCUCAAAGCCAAACAACACGCUUCUUUCAGCUACCCCGCUGUGCCCGGGCCACCCCCGGCUGCCAACCUCAGUCCGUGCCAGUACGCAGUGGAACGGCCUGUAUGAGCGACGGGAGGGUGGAUCAUCCCUUUGGGCGGGGUCAAUAAUUCACAGCUUGCCCGGACUGGGGUCGUCUAGACUGGUUUGCCCCCGCCCCAGUGUCUGAGAGGGGUUCACGAGCAGCUGGGAGGCGGAUAGCUCAGGAGCACUCCAUCCCCUUCACGGCUCUAAGGGGUGAACUGGGCCCUACAGGCAGAUCACGACCCUGGGACUAAGUCCUGGAAUAGGGACCAGCCCCCCUGGGCCAACUCACCCUUGGCCCAUCCCGCCUUCUCCA